AAAAAUUAUAGUCAAAAGAGAUAAUCGUAUUAAAGACCAACUAAUAACUGGAAAAAAUACUUUACUAAGAGAUUGUCAUUUAAACCAAAAUUAGUGGUCAAACCAAAGCAAUGGGCGAAACAUAUCUCAAACAAUGUAUAUCAAGGCCUGAAUCUGAAGAUGGAAAGGGACCCAACAUAUCGUACGGCGCGUCAUCAGUACAGGGCUGGCGAUCCACUCAAGAGGACGCACACAUAUGUUUGCCAAAGUUUGACAAAAACGCCAGUCUGUGGGCUGUUUUCGACGGACAUAAUGGCGCAGAAGUGGCACAAUUGGCGUCAAAACUCUUACCAAAUAUGUUGUUAAAGAAUAAGAACUACAAAGAAGGCAAAUACGAAUCGGCACUUCAGGAAGCAUUCCAGCAAUUUGAUGACCAACUUCUUCAGGACGAUACUAUGAAUCAAUUGAUUAAAAUGAGAAAACAGUACUCACAGGUGCCCAUCGACCGAAAAAAUGCACCGGCAGUGGCCAGUGGUUGUACGGCUAUUGUUGUACUAAUUAAAGAUGGCAUCGCAUAUGCGGCCAAUUUAGGCGAUUCUCGGUGUAUACUAUCACGAAAUGGCAGAUCAUAUCCACUGUCCAGUGACCACAAACCGGAAAAUACUGACGAAAAAAAUCGCAUCGAGAACGCCGGCGGACAAGUGAUUUGCGGUCGCAUUAAUGGCGGUGUAAACGUUUCGCGCGCUUUUGGUGACCAUCACUACAAACAUAACACUGAACUAUCAAAGAAGGAACAGAUGAUCAUUGCUUUACCCGACAUCAAGACAGAACAGUUGACAUCCAAUGACAAUCUAAUGGUACUUAUAUGCGAUGGCAUCUGGAAUAGUGUGGCCAAUGAAGAACUUAUUGGUUAUGUCAACAAACGAAUACCAAGAGUCAAACGAUUGUCAAAAAUAUGCGAAGAAGUAUUCAAACAGAUAUUGCCGACAACAGCUAUGCCUAUCCAUGGAAUCGCUGGUAAAGACAACAUGACGUUUCUGAUCGUCAAAUUUGAACCAAAUCUGAUUAAUACAAAUCAAGUACAGAAGCCAAACACUACCACCAAUACGGCCAUCAAGAGAACCAAUAGCAAAGAAUCAGUAGUAUUUGUACAACCGGGUGGUCAGCCCAGACAGUCAACCAAUUUUCAAGGAUCACAAUUUCAAGGGAACCAAAAGUAACUCUACUUUAUCUCUACUGUAUAUAAAAACUGUACAAUCGAUCGGCACUAAUAUAGUAGUAGUAAUAGUAGUAGUACUGUAUUUAACACACAAAUUCAACAGUCAUUUAAUCAGAUUUUG